AUGGUGAGGACGCCGUAUUAUGACAAAAACGGAACCAAGAAAGGUGCAUGGAGUGAAGACGAAGAUACGAAGUUGAGAGCAUAUAUUGAGGCAAAUGGCCAUGGUAAUUGGCGUGAACUUCCUAAGUUAGCUGGGUUAUCAAGAUGUGGUAAGAGUUGCAGGCUUAGGUGGGUAAAUUAUCUUCGUCCAAGUGUGAAACGCGGAAACUACACAAAUGAAGAAGAAGAAACUAUAAUCAAUUUGCAUAACUCUCUAGGCAGAAAAUGGGCAAUGAUAGCUGCAAAAUUACCAGGGAGAAGCGACAAUGAGAUUAAGAACUAUUGGCACACACAUUUGAGGAAACGUUCUAAACAAAUUUACUCAAAUGAUGGACCCCCAAAUCUAGAAACAGGUGAACGAAACAAAGACAUAAAGAUUUCUGAUGCGAAGGGAAAAGUUAAAUCUGACAUAUUAAUAGAAGUUUUAUCUUCAACAGCAUCAUCAGUAGCAGACAUUAAACAAUCUUCAUCUUCAACAUCUAACAGCUCAUAUGAUGUGGCUACGACUAGUGGUUCAUCACUACUAUCUAAUGAUGAAUCAUUUGAAGAUUUCUGGACAAAGCCGUUUUUGCCAGAUGACACUACUACCUCUAACGGAUGGAUGUCAUCUAUGUUUAUAGAGAACAUAUAUUAUUCUUUUUCAUCAUAUGAUCAUGAGAUGAUCAUCGUUGAUGACCAUUUGUGGUGA